CCACGUCGCGGCGCUGCAUGCCGCCGUCGCCGCCCAGACCUCUCCGCGAUCACCUCGUGCUGCCCCGCUCCAAGCUUAUACAUCCACGCUCCACGCGCUCCGAUCAUCACACCCCGAUCGCGGCCGCGAAUAACGGAUUCAUUUUCACGAAUCGCAUACGUUGCUCUUGGAUCGCCAUGGCGCAGGCGGAGCGCGAGCAGCUGAGCGUGGUCAUGUUCCCGUGGCUCGCGCACGGCCACAUCAACCCGUACCUCGAGCUCGCCAGGCGCCUCACCUCCGCCGACCACGGCGGCGUCGACGUGGUCGUCCACCUGGUCUCCACGCCCGUCAACCUCGCGGCGAUCGCGCACCGGCAGACGGACAGGAUCCGGCUCGUGGAGCUCCACCUCCCGUCCCUCCCCGACCUGCCGCCCGCGCUGCACACCACCAAGCACCUCCCGCCUCGCCUCAUGCCGGUCCUCAAGCGCGCCUGCGACCUCGCCGCGCCGCGGUUCGGCGCGCUCCUCGACGAGCUCCGCCCGGACGUCCUGCUCUACGACUUCCUCCAGCCCUGGGCGCCGGUCGAGGCCGCGGCGCGCGGCGUGCCCGCGGCGCACUUCAGCACCUGCAGCGCCGCCGCCACGUCGUUCGUCUUCCACUGCCUCAGCGCCGACCGCGCUCCGCGCGCGUUCCCCUUCGAGUCCAUCGGCUUCGGCAGCGCCGAGGAGGAGGCCAAGUACACCCAGCUGUUCGUGGUGCGCGAGGACCCCGCCGCCUUGGUCUCCGAGCGCGACCGCCUGCUUCUGAGCCUGGGGCGCUCCUCGGGGUUCGUGGCCGUCAAGACGUGCGCGGACAUCGAGCGCAGGUACAUGGACUACCUGUCCGAGCUACUGGGAGGCAAGGAGAUCAUCCCCUGCGGGCCGCUGCUCGUGGACUCCGGCGACCCGCCGGAGAGCACGGCGGCCGGCGAGUCCGACCGCGUGAUGCGGUGGCUCGACGGCCAAGAGCCGGGCUCCGUGGUGCUCGCCUCCUUCGGCAGCGAGUACUUCAUGUCGGAGCAGCAGAUCGCGCAGAUGGCGCGCGGGCUGGAGCUGAGCGGCGCGCCCUUCGUGUGGGUGGUGCGGUUCCCGAAGAGCCCCGGCGACGAGGACCGCGGCGCGGCGCGCGCGCUGCCCCGCGGGUUCGCCCCCGCGCGCGGGCUGGUGGUGGAGGGGUGGGCGCCGCAGCGGCGCAUCCUGUCGCACGGUGCCUGCGGCGCGUUCCUGACGCACUGCGGGUGGAGCUCGGUGCUGGAGUCGCUGGCGGCGGGGGUGCCGAUGGUGGCGCUGCCGCUGCACAUCGACCAGCCGCUGGGCGCCAACCUGGCCGCCGAGCUGGGCGCCGCCGCGCGCGUGCCGCAGGAGCGGUUCGGGGAGUUCCGGGCCGAGGACGUGGCGCGCGCGGUGCGCGGUGUGGUGGUGCGCGGCGAGGAGGGGCGCGCGAUGAGGCGCCGCGCCGGGGAGCUGCGGGAGGUGGUAGCGCGGAACGACGCGGACGGCGCGCAGGUCGGCGCGCUGGUGCGGCGCAUCGCGCGGCUCUGCGGCAAGGGACAGCGGGUGCCCGUGCCCAACUGAAUUUUCGUUUGCGUCGCUGGAGACCUUGAGCUGGAG